UAUGCACGAAUGUCAGAUGAGAGAAAGAAAAAUAUGAAAAUGGAAAACAGAGGCAAAGUUAAAAAAAUUUGUGCACAGAUAUUAUAGAAAUAAAGCUAUCCAGUGUAUAUUCCUAAAACAGUAAAUGCAAAAGGCAUGCAAAGAAUAAUAUGGAUUUUUUAUUCGCUCCUCUGCCUGAAACAAAUUUUGAAAUGAACACAGAAGAAUUACGCUUGUGGCAACGGAAUGCAAUAUUUGAGUGUGAGUGCGACAAUUUCAUUAACAGACGCAUUGAAGCUGGACAAAUGCACCAAGUGGCACCACCGCUAUACGAACUAUAUGGAAUUGAUGCCGCGAUACAGCACCAUGGCUUGAGGCUGCCCAAUAUGUAUGGUAAUAGUGAGCAGAGUAGUAGCGGUGGCAAUAACAAUCGACAUGGGGAUGGAGGCAACCAUACAGAUGCUAAUGCUAAUAUUGCGCCACCACUUCGUCAACGACGCAGACUAAUGGCUACAAACGCUGAGGGGGAUCGUGACAAUAUGCUUGACAGACUUAACCAAGAGGCUUUAUUUUCAGCUUUUCGAACGAGAGGACUGAGUGCCAUCCGAAAUCCUUAAUGCUGACGAAGGUUGUUGUUUUUUUUUUUGUUGGGCGACGGUUGGAGGUGUAGCAAUGCCAGCAUCAACGAAUGUUAGCAUAUAUAAUAUUAAUCUUUUAGUGUUUAAUUUUAAUUAAGUGACUUCAAUUGAAUUCAAUAUGAAAAAAAUGUAUGAAUUUCUUAGUAACUAUCGCGAAAUGUGUGAAACUUGACGGAAAAUUUUGAAUAAAAGCCAUAAAAGAAA